AGAGAGAGAGAGAGAGAGAGAGAGAGAGAGAGAAGUCCAGAAAGCUUUGGAGCAUUGAAAGAAGAAAGAAGACCUGCUGCUGCCGCAUUUCCAACCCUUUUCCAACCAAAAACAAAGUGAAUACUCCUCCGUGUAAAACUUCGUAAAGCCGCAAUGGACGGGAUAACAUUUGGACGCACGUCGCUGCUGUGCACCUUGCUGCUGUGGGCAUUUCAAGUUUGUAGUGGGACUGUUACAGUGAAUGUGAAUGCCAAAGUGGAAGUCCUUAAAGGAGAGACUGCCAAACUUCCCUGCACCUACACAGGGUCAUCAUCAAGCAACACAGUUGUUGAAUGGUUCAUUGAGGAGCAGGACACCAGGAAGCGUGUAGCUUUCCACUCUCAGGGUGGUGAAGGAAAAAGUGACGAUGGCACCCCUCUGACCGGACGCGUCACAAUCGGAGCGGACUCCACCUUGACCAUCUCGUCAGUUCAACCCUCCGACGAGCUCGUCUUCUACUGCCAGGUCACCGCCGGCUCUGCUGGGGUUGGAGAAGCCGCCACUAUGCUCAAAGUGUUCUUUGCUCCAGAGAAGCCUGAACUCACAAGGCCAUCGAGUCAGGCCAUCACUGCAGGAGAGACUACCAGCUCUGAGAUCGGUACCUGUGUGUCAAAAAAUGGACAUCCACAGCCAAGAAUCAUUUGGUUCAAGGAUGGUCUGCCCCUGGCUGAAAUCAAGGACAGGAAAGAGAAGACCUACAUGAUUCCCUCUGUAGUAAAGGAGGCCUCCGGUCUCUUGACCAUCAAGAGCACCCUGUACAUGCAGCCGACAAAAGCGGACAAAGACUCUGUGUUCCAGUGCACCGUGGAGUACAGCAUGCUGGAAGGCCAGAACAAACAGAAGAAGUCAGACACCAUCACAAUUAAUCUCAACUAUCCCUCUGAGAAGGCGACCUUUUCCCUCCUCAGCACUGGUCCUGUCAAAGAGGGCGACUCUGUAACCAUGAAGUGUGAGACUGAUGGAAACCCUCAGCCAGAGUUUGACUUCACUAAAGAUGGUAAAGCAGUCAGCGGAGAGGGUGGUCUUCUAAAAAUCAAAUCUGUCAAACGCUCAGACGAUGGCGUGUACAUGUGCACAGCGACAGAUUUCGACAACCUGGAGGCUGACCUCACUGGAACUAUCACCCUCACUGUCAAUUAUAUCGACCCAGUGAGAGUGAGCCCUGCCGAGUCUCAGGUCGUCAUGCUUGGAGAAAAGGUGCAGUGGAUGUGUACGACCAAGGGCUCUGCCACGCACACCGUUCAAUGGAAGAAGGGCUCAGAGGUGCUCUCUCAGGACGGCCUGCUGUCCAUACAAGAUGUUUCCUAUGAUAAAGCUGGAGAGUACAUGUGUGUCGGAGCCGUACCAUCCGUGCCAGGGCUGACAUCUCAGGCUAGUGUCAACCUCACUGUCAAAGGAAAGCCAAUGAUUGAGACCCCCGCUGUCGGAGAGGUGGGGAAGGAAGGAGACAUGGUGACUCUGAAGUGCUCUGCCUAUGGAUCCCCUGCCCCUCAGUUCACCUGGAAGCCCUCAGGAAAACAAUCCGUGUCAGUGGAAGGUAACAAGGUGGUGAGCACUGUGAGCCUACAAGCCACAGCCGAGGUCAUGAAGGACGGGGUGACCUGCGAGGCCUCCAACACGCACGGAACAGAUAGCAAGGCCUUCCUGGUAUCUCUCAAACGAGCAAUUGACAACUCAGCCGACAGAGUGCUGCUCUCUGGAAACCCUGUGCUUACGUCAGCUGACAAACAGCAGGGAGGCUCCAGCGGGGUGGUGAUAGCCGUGGUGGUGUGUGUUCUGCUGCUCCUGCUGCUGGUGGCCCUCAUCUACUUCCUGAACAAGAAGAGCAAGCUGCCCUGCAGCAAGAAGGACAAGAAGGAAGUGGCCAGUGGAGAGGUGAACAACGACAUCGUGGUGGAGAUGAAGACAGACAAAGCCAACGAAGAAGCCGGUCUCCUCAACAAGAGACCGCCAACAGAACAGUGAUGAAACAGGACAAUGACAGAAAGCGACAGAGGGAUGAAGGGAAGGAGGAGGACCAUUAUGAAGACAACAGGGCUAUUUCUUAUUUUGCUACACUAGACUGAAGGGGGGCAACAAGAUGUGGAGCUUGGAGUUGGGGGUUUGUUAUGUUAAGGGAGGGUGGGGGCACCAUGUUUGGCAUUGGUGUGCUUGUUUAAUAACCUGUGGUAGACCUUCUUGGAUGGAGUUUCUUUCCUUUUCCUUAAAGCUAAAUUUACCAUUAAAGAUGAAAGUCCAUCCAUCAACGCUACCACAGGUUUAAAACCAUACAUGUGCAAAAUGUGACAACACUGGAUGCUGACAUAAUCAUCUUUUAUUCACCUAACACAUCUUUGGUUGACUCCUCUGCAGAGUAGAACUGUACAGCGAGGUGUGUAUGACACGAUCCAAACACAGUGGCAGAAUCUCUCUUAUCUACCCCAAAUGAAACACAAAAUGCCAUUAAGCCACUGUGUAUAUCGGGAGCGUGUGUGUACGUGUAAACAUGACACAGAACCUCUACUCUGUCUGGGAGUCCGCACUUAUAUUCUGUGCUCUCUGUCGGGUAUAUUGGGAUAAAUUAUCACGCGCUGCCAUUCGGUUUUAAACACAUCAGUAAAACAUGAUGAUGAUUUACGCUUUUAGCAUUAAAUCCCUUCAGCACACUGUUUGGCACACAUUGCUGUAAACAUUUUCACUCAAAGAAGCUCUGUGUUCGCUUUAGCGCUGUGUGUUUAAUUACAUUUUUUGCCACCUGUGAAUGUUUAUGUUCUUUUCAUUUUCCAAUAUCCCUAAUUAGCUUUCUGCAGAAACAGCCCAGGCUUUUAUUAACGCCAAUCUCUCCUCUAAGAUUGCUUGCCUUUUUAAAUCCAGCUAAAACGACUUCCAACGAGCAAGCUAUUAGGUUGUACAAAUUUGUUUUUGCCAUUUCCAGCACACAUGUAUAUUAUGUCAGUACAUUCACUUGUUUUCUUUUUUUUCCUCUGUGUGCUCUUGUUUUUCUCUGUAAAUUCAAAUACUGAUUACCCUGUCUAUCAAGCGUGCUAAUGUGGAGCUCAGAUUGUCUGUUGUAACUACGCUGCUGGCGUUGGACUGUGAUUGCCACCACUUUUUCACAAGUCUUUUGCAGCCUUUCAGUCUCUUCUGUGGUUGAAACCAGUCCCCCGGCAAGCAGCAGCAGCUAUGCUCAGAAGGCCAAUUAUCAUCAACUUUCACUUUAAAGUAGGUAGAAUUGGGCAUAACGGUCGACAAUCACAAACUGUAGCCUGCUGUGUUGUUCUUUUCGCAUGACGGCAAAAUGAGACCUUCAUGGUACGCGGCGUAGAUCUCACAGAUUCACCUGAAGAAGAAAUCCCUGGCAUUGGUUCACACUGGUUUGAUCGAGCAGUGAAUGGGAAGGUGUGGGAGGGAUCUGGGGGUUAUUGCUGGAGAAUCUGAUGUACUUUUUAUUUUUACCAAAUGAAAGUUUUGAGUGUCACAGCAGGAAUGUUUCUGUGUUUAGGUACGCAAUACUGGUGUUUUCUGUUUUCUGCUCUUACACUGUCCACGCCAGAGAGCUCUGAUAGCGGGUUGACGUGCCCUUUUUGAACUUCGUUGAACACUGGAACCAAUGGCCUUGAUCUUUGUUAGAGGUCACCUCAAACCACUAUCGCUUCCGAAAAGGCUCGUUUUUAUUUUAUUUUUUUAAUGUCUGUCUACUGAUUUUGCCAUAUUGACUGUUAGCAAACCUGGUGAAGAUAGAUAAGUGAAUUUGGAGCAUUCUUUUUUUAUGUUUUAUAUAUAAGAUAACUUGUUUUUUUUUUUAGGGAGGGGAUUCUUUUAUUUUGGAACUACUGAGUUUUCUUUUUUUUUCCCAUGCUUUUUCACUCGCUCUGAGAGAAGAGAGAUUUUUUUUUCCUUUCGGAUUUUGUAAUAAGAAAUUCUCAGUGCUUUUGACUUUUUUCUCUCUCUGUGCUGUAUGCUGUAUAUUUUGUGGUACGCUGUUGUGAAUUCUGUGGUGUGUUGAUGUAUCUUUUUUUUUGUUCCAGCUGUGUAGAAUUUAUAAUGAAAAAAACCCCAAGAAAACCAAUCACAACCCUG